CAAAGCGCUCAGUUUGUUGGACUCGCUCGGCAACUCGGCACGGUCUGGCCGGUCUUGAGGGCGCACGCCUUGGCGCUCGCCUUGCCGCUGGUCGCGAUCCUGGCUGCCUUUGCCGAUCUGGCGCAGGCGUCGUCGUGCCUGGUCUUGCCCGCCGCGCUUGGAUGGGCGGAGUGAUGCCUGCACGGGGCUUGGCAGUGUGUGAUUCAUGUACCUAGGGUGCUGGCCGUGCUGGCGUGAGGGGAAGACGCCCGAGAAACAGUGAUGGUGAUGUGUGUCCAGUGCAACCAGAAUAUCAUCGGCAGUAUGUGGUGUUGUGUGCGCCAGUGUAGUGUUUCAUGACUGUGAUAAAAGACUUAAGUGAAAUCUUCAUUCCUGAAAUAACAACACUUCGGUUAUGGACUGUGCAUUAUGACUAAUGUGGAACUGAGUACGAUUAGUUUAGAAGUUACAAGUAGUACAAGCCCCUGUCAAGAUGACAUCGAGUCAAAUCAAUUUACUAGUCUCACACCCUCAAGUGUCCUUGCGAAUGAAGCGGCUGUUGCAUCGUCAUCGGAAGCGCCUGAAAAUGAGGACAGCCCAUCAUCCAGGCGUACAAGCAGUACCUUCACUAGUACAGUAUGCAGCAUACAGGCCGGUGUACAACUGGGCGUUACUGAGGGCUUACCUAAUUCAAACUUCGAGAGCAGUCACCACACACCCCGUCAACAAAUUGCUGUUCCGAGUACCACGGCAAAACCUCAAGAUAAAAAGCAACGCAACACAUGCCAACGAAUAUGGAAGCAUCUCAAGACCUCAGGUAUCGGGGAGCCCAGCGUGUACCACGCCUUGGUUGUCAUUUUCUUGGAAUUCUUUGCAUGGGGCCUUCUAACUAUGCCCGUUAUUUCGGUGCUGAAAGAGACAUUCCCAGAACAUACAUUCUUGAUGAAUGGUCUCAUCAUGGGCAUAAAGGGUAUAUUAUCCUUCCUAAGUGCACCACUGAUUGGGGCCUUAUCAGAUGUGUGGGGACGCAAGUUCUUUCUUCUAGUCACAGUGUUCUUUACAUGUGUACCAAUUCCACUUAUGUCCAUUAAUCAUUGGUGGUUUUUUGCCAUGAUCAGCAUUUCUGGAGUAUUUGCUGUUACCUUCUCAGUUGUAUUUGCCUAUGUCGCUGAUGUCACUGAAGAAAAUGAGCGAAGUUUAGCAUAUGGCUUGGUAUCUGCAACAUUUGCCGCGAGCUUGGUCAUAAGCCCUGCUCUUGGGGCAUACAUGAUGAAUGCCUAUGGCGAGAAUCUUGUUGUAGCUGUUGCCACGGCAAUUGCCUUGCUUGAUGUUUUCAUCAUUCUUGUGGCUGUACCAGAAUCUUUACCAGAAAAAGUGCGCCCAUCAUCUUGGGGAGCACCAAUAUCUUGGGAACAAGCGGAUCCUUUUGCUGCACUACGCAAAGUUGGAAAGGACCACACAAUUCUUAUGUUGUGCACUACUGUCUUCUUAUCUUAUCUACCUGAAGCCGGACAGUACUCCUGUAUUUUCGUGUAUUUAAAAUUGGUUAUGGAUUUCAAUGAGGUCAUGGUGGCUGUGUUCAUUGCAACCAUUGGUUUGCUCUCUGUUGGUGCUCAAAUGAUUUUAGGAGUUCUCAUGAAACAGCUCGGCUCCAAGCAUACCAUCAUGGUUGGACUGCUGUUUGAAAUGCUACAAUUAAUGUGGUUUGGAUUUGGGUCUCAAAUGUGGAUGAUGUGGGCUGCUGGCGUUCUGGCCUCAGUUUCCAGCAUAACUUACCCUGCCAUUAGCGCCUUCGUGUCUAUGCACUCAGAUGCUGACAAUCAAGGUUUGGUCCAAGGGAUGGUGACUGGAAUGCGUGGUCUUUGCAAUGGUCUAGGCCCUGCCAUGUUUGGUGUAAUAUUUUACCUCUUCCACGUUGACCUUAAUGAUGAUGGGAAGCACCGUGAUGAAUCUAGGACCACUCAUAUUCUUGACAAUGCCACUGCUGGUCAUGCAGAUAACUUUCCUCAGGAGCCUGUGUGGGCUAUCAUUAGUCAGUUGAUCCCUGGGCCUCCUUUCGUGUUUGGUGCUCUACUUGUCAUUUGUGCGCUUUUGGUUGCGGCUUUUAUACCUGAGAGUGGCAGUGUGGCAAACAAUUUCCGCUCCGGCUCUCGGAGACAGUCUGGGCUUUCCAUGGAAGUCCAUUAUGAAGUGGAACGCAGCAAGAGGCACAAUGGUCUCAGUCCUCUUUCUCCACUUGUUGACAACUCUGCACUCCAUUGUGCCCUUUAAAGUGGGAAUCGUUUUGCUAGUUUGUCUCUAGCCAACUGAAACCCAGGAGGGUCGUCAUGCUUUAUUUGGGAACUUUAAAUCACAAUUAUGUGGCUAUGCAGCAGUCAAAGUGAAUAUUUGUUCUAGGGCCUACUGCACUAUAAGCAUACAAAAUUAUCUGCAGUUCAAGAGUGGAGACUGUCCAAAUUGCCUUCUCCUUAUCCUCAAGUGGCUCAACAUCAAGAUACCAAAUUUAAUUUCCACCUCACCGUAAUUAUCAAGGUGCCUGACUAAUAAAUUACUAAAAGUUUCUUUAACCAAAUGUUAAGUAGUUGUUAUGGUUUUCUGUUGUUAUUAAUGUAGAAGCAUUCCACCCAAAUCAUACUAUUGCAUGUGAAAUCAGACAUUGGAGGACGUGUGGAAAAUAUCAUCUCCCUUUACCGUUAUUUUAAAAUUUAUAAUUCGUUUGGUUUUUUGUAAUAGAAGAGACUUAUUCUGAUUACUAUUCAUAUAUUUACUGCUCUUGGUCAGUUUGAUAUAUUGAUGUUUAAUGUUGCUGUGUUAGGUGUGAGCUUGUGUGUUUUAGUCAUGUGGAUGCACAUCUCAAACCUACUUGCCAUUGUAAGAAGUCAACCAGUCCUUUGAGAACUCGUGGCUGAUCUCCGUCCUGCUGCGUUUCUCAGGUUAAUUUCAACUGUGCCUUUCAUCAUUGCACGUUGUUGUAUUUUGUAGUGUGAGGUCUAGUACUGUAAUUGAUUUGACCCACAAUUGUAAUUUAAGCUGGCUUUCGUGUGAGAGGAAGUAUGUUAAUAAUAUUUAAUAUAAUCUAUUAUCUGUUAAAAGGUUGGUCUGUGAUUUGAUUUGUCUUAUAUUCUAGUGUAUGUUUUGAUGUAAAGCUUCUUUUGUUUCUUAGAAGAAUCACACAGGGAUACAAAGACACUAUGGAUUGUCUAUCCUAGGCUUCAUAAUUCCUGUAUGUUGACUUUAUAUUCUCCCGCCUUAACUUAACUGUAUUUCUAGAUAUUCUUAUUAAUGUCUAAGAUUCAAAAGGAAAAAAAAAGUACUACAGGCUUUUCUUUUAGAGCAAAGCAUUGCUUGAAUUUAGGUCUUUGUGAAAGUGUCAAAUUGUUAAAAUCUUGGUGUAUUUAGUAGUGUCUAGACUAUGAAAUGUGUGAAUGUGAUGUGUGUCUGUAUGUGUGUUUGAACAACAUGCUGUAGCUCAUAUAUUCAGCAAGAUUAAUGAUUAGAAAUGACACGGUGUUAUUUCAUUUCUUAUAUUGAUAUUAGUUCAGUGCCUAUUUAUUUUAAUCAUGUUGAUAUCAGUAGCUCUCAAAUAGUUUCAAUUCCAACAGGCUUGGCUUUUUUAAGAAACAAAAUUGUGUAUGGUGGGCUUUGACACUGUGUACAAUUUCACUUUUGACUGAAACUACCUCUUUAUUGUUUAGAAGCCUUUUCCAUUGAUGGUAGCUUUUCUUGGAUAAUCACACAAUGCAUAGCUGCAGCAUCUGUACAGACUGAUGACCUAAAUUUCUUUGUGAACGCUCAUUGCCCGGUGAUCUCGUAUAGCUUACUUGUUCCAGUUCAGUCUGCUUUAGUCUACCACAGUUCUUGGAGUUUUCAGAGUAAUGAGUUCCAUCUAAGGCCUGAUUUGCUUUUCUCUAAUGUAGUCUUUGUGAGGUCACUGUAGCGUUUAACAAUUUUAUUUUGUGAUGAAGUUAAGCUGAUAACUGGUUCAGUUUUUGUGUCCAUCAUAACAGUGAGAGUUUUAAAUUCAUUUAAUGGCCCCUUCUUAUCUAAAUGACGAUUAGGUGGUGAUUGCACCUAUAUUGACACCUAUUGGUGCAGUGUCAUGUUUAAAAUCAUCCCUACCUCUCUUUUCUAUUAUUGUUUCUAGUUCAUGGUCAAAAAUACUUGCUUUUGCUCUCUAGAUUAUGAAUUGGAAAAGCGUGAGUUGCUUUCCUAAGGGACCACAUCACUAAAGUUAUCAUUAUUUCAGUGGUGGAGCUCAUACAGUUUUCUCAAGGCAAACCUAACUUAACUACAGUGGACUUGGUCUUUUGAAAAUCUCUGAUGAAGGAAGUUUCUCUCUUUUUUCUUUUUGCCUGUGCCCAUGACAAGAUUUGAGGAGAUAUGGAAAAGGAUUCCACCUUACUCCCUCUUUCUCUCCAUUAAACUGUCUCACACCUAAAAACAAUGUUUCUGUUUCAAUUACUGUCUUUUGUGGAUUUUCCAAAAUGUCACUGAAUCAAUAUGUGGUUGCUUGCAUUGCACCUUUAUGUGAAAACUGUGUUAUAUUUUGGUGUUUGUGUGUGUGUUUGUGAGCCUGCCUGUGUGUGUGAGUGUGUGUGUCUGUUGAGAGCACAUCAUUUUGUCUUGACAGUUCUCAUUGACUGAAACUAUUCUAAGAUUUUUAUCUUCUGACUCCCUGAUGUAUGAGCAAUCCCAAAUAUAACGAGUUUAUGUAAUUCUUACCUCCUCUUAUUUCCUUUUGAAGUUUUUAUUUAUUGAGGGUAUCUUUUAAAUGCCAAAGAGUGAUAAUCAGAUUGAACUACUGCUGAUCAGAGGAUGUGUAACUUCACUAUAUUAUAACCUCAACAAAUUUCUGGGCCUGAUUGUGCACUAAUGUGGUAUCUAUCUUGAUUCUUUUGUUUUGUGGUUAUUAAUAAAUUUGACAUUCAUAAAAAUGAGAUGUUACAUUUUGGUUGGGGUGGGACUAUCCCUGGCCUAGGCUUUUGGUUUUUAAGUCUGACUCUUGUCUCUUUAAAUGUAUCUGCAUACAAACUUCAUCGUCAAAUGUCAAGGUUAAGAGAGUUUGUUCAUGGAUGGUCUAGGUCUCCCCCCACCCCAAUUUUUUUCUUCUUUAGAACUUGUACUGUCCCUCUCUUUCAUUUGAGUACAUGAUUUUACAUCGUCUCAUAUUGUGAAUGCACUUUUACUGGCACGUAAGUGCUCCUUUGUGUACGUGUGUGCGUGUGUGUGCAAGUGGACAUGUAGGUAGGUCUGUACUGUGAAUAUUGUUAAAUAUGUGAAUGUCUCUGUUGUAUAUUGUGCUGUGGAGGAUGGCUUCUUCUUGGAAGCGUUGUGAUUUUGUCAUUCUUGUAGUGAUAUGUUUGUGAUUCCCUUCCUUGUCAUUGUCAUUUGGGCAGCCCUUAAAAAAAUAUUCAAAUUUGUCAUUUUGCAAAAGUAUAAAAAAUUAACCUAUUAUUCUGUCUACUUCAAAAUGAGUUAACUUUCCAGUCUUUUAUGAAAGAGGGUCUGUAUAAAAAAGGAGUAAAGAGAGUUCUAAAGGAGUCUAGUGGAAGCAAUUUGAAUUUGGAAUACUGUGUGUGUCUGUGUGUGAGUGUGUGUAUGUUUAUUAAAAUGUGCACAACUAGAUCAGCUGUAGAUAAAAAUGCAUUUGGACUUUGUAUAAAAAUUAUUGUCUUUUCAAUAUCAGAGGAAAAACAAAUUUCUCCAAGCAUGAAAACUGGCUUUGAAAUUUUACUGCAUGGACAUUCCAAUUUCAUUUUUUUUUUAAACUGUUGAUUUAUCCUUUUUACAAGGUCAUAUUUCUAGAAUUUUGGCAUUGUAAAGUUGUCUGAUCACUCAGUGUUUUUGCUUUUGUUCAUACUGUUUGCUAUUUUAGUUUUCUUACUGUUAACAUUUCCAGUGAGCGAGUUCAUUCUAAAUAGGAGCAAUUCAAUUGUAACUGCCAUAUCUUUUUGUUGUCCCAAUGUCCUCUUAGGCUGAAAAUUAUUUUGGUGUGCUACAGGCAUGAAUUUUCCUCGUAAAUAGUUUUACAACUGUACAGUAAAUUAAAAAUGCUGGUUUGGUAAAGAAAGUUGUUUUAACGUGAUAUCAAGAAGAAAGUUUCUUUGGUACAUCAGGCGAGGAGUAUUGCUUCAAAGUGUUACAAUUACUUACAUUAUGGAACAGUAUUUAUUUGAAUAGGUGGCUUUAAACAUGUUUUAGUGGAGAAAUUAGAUGUAAUUAGAACAGUCAACAAACACUUAUUGCAAACAUGUUUGUUGCCUUUCUUCCGAUUGUUUGAUUACAUAUAGAGUAUUAAGAGGCCUUUAACAUUUGGAAGCAUUUUCUUUGCUGUCUUUAUUUUUGUAUACUGAGUGCGGCCCAAAUAAACAAGUUGUUCUCGUAAUGGCUUUUUCUUCUAGCAGCUGAUGCAUCAUAAGAUGCAAGCGUGGUUUGUGCGGAUACUGUUAUUUAGUAAUGUGUAGGUCAGUAUGUAAAUAGGAAAAAAGUAAAUGUGAUAGAUGUUGUUUUCUUCUCUGUUGGUUAGGUUAACUUACGGAACUGAAUAUCUUGGAUCAGCUGUUCUCUAUCUUAUCAAAAUUUUGCCCAUUCCUCUCUAAUUUAAUUUUUCUGUGUCCAUAUCUGGAGCAUCUAAUUAUGUCAUUGUCAAUUUACAGACCUCUUAAUGUACUUCUUGAAAAACAGUCAAUACUCGUUAGCAAUUUUCGUCUCAAUCCUAGUUACAUCCCUUUUUUGUUAAAUCAUGAUUGUAAAUAUGUCUUGACAAGUAAAUAUUUUGGGUCACAUGUAUGUUUUCCUUGUGUGUGUUUUAUUAUUAAGUAACUGGCAUUAAUGAAGUACUCUUUGGCGGUCGCACUGUGCUGGUUUGACCUUUCUCAUAGAGUUCUUUUUCUGUUUCAUUUCCUUUUUUUUCUUUUUUUUUUGGGGGGGGGGAGGGGAAGAGAAAGAGAAGUAAACUUAUUAUUUGGGCCCUGUUUCAACAACUCUUUGUUAAUCCAAGUAAUUGUUACUGCUGUGUACAUCAGUGCAUGACACAAAUCCAUUUGAGCAUGAUGUGCCUAAUAAUCACUGCCACAGCAAUUAUUUAACAAAAUGCUAGGCUUGAUUAAAAUGUGCACAAUCAUAUCUCACAGCUUUGUUGUGAUAGUAUUAUCUUGUUAAAAUCAGGAAAGUAUUUGUUUCCCAUCUUUAUUUCAUUAUUUUUACAAUUGUUGUGACAAAAAUAGGUAACUAUGGAGUAGAAACUACUGUUGCAUUUAAUGGCAGAAAAGGAUAGGAAAAUGGUUUGUGCGGAAAGUGAGAUCAGCGUUGGGGAAGUUCUUUUGUAUUUUUCGGUCCUUUACAAACAUAUUUUUCUGCCACUGUACAAAGUACAUAAUGUUGCUGUGAACUAGUGUUGAGUUGUGACGAGAGUAAAGACACUUUAUUUGUGAA